AUGCCGGAUGUUAUAGUUACAUUUUUGGCAUAUCCACCUGAUUGUCGGCUCCAAAUCACCGAAGGAUUGGAUGACGGCAAGAAUGAAAAAGGCGUGCUGUGUCAGUCGGCGAUCCAAGCUAAGUUCUACUGCCCUUUCAAUGAGUGCUCAGCUCUCUUGGAAGCUGGAGAUGGUGAGGAGGCCAUAACAGUGUCUGAGUGCCCGCAUUGGAACAGGAUGCUCUGUGCUUACUGUAAGGUGCCAUGGCACCAUGCUCCUGACUGCAAGGAGUUCCAGGGGUUGGAGGAGGGUGAGAGGGGGAGGGAGGAUCUCCUGCUGCGGGAGCUGGCAGCAAAGCUCAGGUGGCAGAGGUGUCCCCAAGGCAAAUGUUACUGUAGAGAGGAUUGACGGGUGCAGGGAACGAAACCAAUCAAA